AGAAGAUAAAUAACAGUCUAGCGCAACGGUAUGCCAUUGUUUGAGAGCGAGCCUGGUCGACUGCAGGAUGGAACCUUGCCUGAACUGAAAAGGAAUGCGUCGCCGUGUUAGAUGCUAUGCUUUCUAUCGACGGUUAUUGAAUAUAUUUGUUUAAGGCGCUCGGUUUUGUCAGCGCAGUGUUAACGCUUGCGACAUCCCGCCUUUGGGCGCCGCACCAUAGUCAAUAGCUGCGGAUAAUUUACAGCUGGAACUCGCGCGGCAAGCGGCACGCACGCUUGUGGCCCUUGCUCUUCCGCCUGUGCCAGUCGACCGUCCAAUUUGCCAUUAACAAACGCGUCCGGCCGCGCGCACUUCAGCCCAACGCCUCACCGUCCCCCUAUCCCUGCUAUACCCCUGGGAUUUGUACAAGUCCUUUAGCACCACGCGGCGAAUAAAACCGCCUCUGUGCCUUCGCGGCGCCAUCAGGGCGCCAUCAACUACCGACAUCUGUUUUUCCCGUUGUGAACUUUUGGGUCAAAGGCUUAGUGCCCAUCAGGGCCUCCUUACGGCAUCAUGUCUGUUGCCAGCUCUCUCACUGCGGUAUCCAGUCACACCGCCGGCCGCUCAACAGGCGCCAGCACCUGCACCAGCGCCAACAACCCAACACUACAAACUUCUAAGCGGCGGAAGCUGCACGGCGGCCGCAGCAGCAUUGCCGCCGCCGCCGCCGCCGCCGGCAGCGGCUCCUCUCCCCUGGUGGAUUUGUCCGCGGUGGUGCUGGGAUACGCCUGUCUGGCGGGAUCCUUCUUCCGCAGCGUGCCCCAGAUCGCGAUCAUCCUGCGCACCGACAGUGCGGAGGGGCUGUCUCUCACGUCCAAUUUGGUGGAGCUGCUGUGCUUCACAGUGACGGUCGCGUACAACAUUCAGCAG